AUGACAGACGCCAUCUCCAACGCGGCCAACUACGGCAACAACAAGGGUUCCAAGCACAAGGAGGACGGUGCUGAUGCCGAGAUGGUUCAGCCCCCUAAUCCUUGGCCUGAGAUGAACGACCACACCAUGCUCGGUGAGACGAGCGAGGAGAUGAACAAUGAUCGCCUGAAGCAGAUUGCGGCUCAGGGCAGCGCCCAUUUCCACCGUCUGGGCUGGAAGCGCUUGGCGAUUGUCACCAUUGUCGAGGCUGUCGCCCUCGGUGCUCUCAGCUUGCCUUCCGCCUACCACACCCUCGGAAUGUUCCCCGGCGUUUUCCUCACGAUCACCAUCGGAAUGCUCUCGAUCUUCACCAGUUACCUCGUUGGCCAGGUCAAGCUGGCCUACCCGCACGUCGCCAACUAUGCGGAAGCUGGAAGACUUCUCUUUGGCCGCUACGGACGCAUCGGAUACGAGAUUUUCGGAGCUGCCCUCGUUCUCGAGCUUGUCAUGGUUGUUGGUUCUCACGCCUUGACUGGAAGCAUUGCGCUCGUCGAUAUCAACGGCGGCCACGUCUGCUCCAUCGUCUUCUCGGCCGUGUCAGCCAUCAUUCUUCUGAUUCUGGCUAUCCCACCCUCGUUCACUGAGGUGGCCAUUCUUGGUUACAUCGACUUCGUCUCCAUCCUGGCUGCCAUCGGAAUCACGGUCAUCGCCACCGGCAUCCAGGCCAACAAGGGUCCCGGCGGUCUUUCUGGCAUUGAGUGGUCUGUUUGGCCCAAGGAGGGUGUGACAUUCUCCGAGGCCUUUGUUGCUGUCAGCAACAUCAUUUUCGCCUUCAGUUUCGCCAUCGGUCAGUUUUCUUUCAUGGACGAGAUGCACACGCCUACCGAUUACAUGAAGUCUAUCUGGGCCUCUGGCGUCAUCCAGAUCGCCAUCUAUACCCUUACUGGCGCCCUAUGCUAUGCGUUCAUUGGUCCCUCGGUUCAAUCUCCCGCCCUCCUCUCUGCUGGACCCCUCAUCUCAAAGAUUGCCUUUGGAGUCGCCCUUCCGGUGAUUUUCAUCUCCGGUUCGAUUAACUCGACUGUGGCCCUUCGGUAUAUCCACGGCCGCAUGUACAAGAACUCCCACUUGAAGUACAUCAACACCCCCAUGGGUUGGGCCAGCUGGAUCGUCCUCGUGGUUGUGUUUACUAUCAUCGCGUGGGUGAUCGCCGAGGCUAUUCCCAUCUUCUCCGACCUGCUCUCGCUGGCUUCGGCUUUGUUUGUUUCUGGAUUCUCGUUUUACAUCCCUGCCAUUAUGUGGUUCUCCCUCCUCUGCAAGGGCAAGUGGUUUGCACGCGAGAACAUCCUUAUCAGCCUUGGCAGUAUCUUGGCCUUCAUCGUCGGAGCUAUUACAUUGGUCGCCGGCACCUAUUCGACCAUUGUCGAUAUUAUUGAUGAGACAAGCUCUGGAAGCGCUCAUAAGCCCUUUGCCUGCCGUUCGUCUUAG